AUGCCUUCGCCUACCAAGACUCCCAAGUCUCCAGGCAAGCAUGCUACCCCUGUGAAGGCUGUCACUAAGUCUUCUCGCGAUGCCCCCGAUGCAGUGGACAAUAAGAUCUUGGUCAACAUCCUGAAGUCGUUCGACAAGGAGGAGAAAAAGAUCGAUCUCAAUGUCUUUGCCACUCUGCAGGGAUACACUAACGUUCGAUCUGCAAGCAACACUUUUCACAAGUUGCGCAAGACUUAUGGCCUGAACGUUGAGGGCUUCAUGAUUCGCACCAAGGUUUCGCCUACCAAGGCCACCAAAGUCGCCAAGUCGACUGGCAAGACCCGUGUUACCAAGAAGACCAAGGAGGUCUCCUCUGGUAAAGUCAACCGGUCCUCUGACGCUAUCGACCUGUCUUCUGACGGCAGCGAGCUAUCUUCUCUGGACGAAGAGAAAGUUCUCGCCAACGAGCCUGUUGGUGAGGACCACGGCAAUGAGGAUGCCCUUGUGGAGUCUCCUGUCAAGAAGUUUGACGAUGAAGAGAUCCCCGCUAAGCAGGUUCUUGCCGCUAUGAACCUCUAUGUUCAGGGUGAGCUGUGA